ACUGGCGUCAUGUCUUCCACGGCGGCUGUGACGUGGCAUUACGCAAGCGCAAAGUCGACACGGUUUCUUGACACCAGACGAGCAUCACAACGAAAACUCUAGACAUUAGGACUAAUCCCGUAGAUUUAGGUGAUUUGUGUCCUUCAUCAUGGGUCUGACUAUGUCGUCGCUCUUUAGCAGGCUGUUUGGAAAGAAACAGAUGAGAAUUCUCAUGGUGGGGCUGGAUGCUGCCGGCAAAACCACAAUAUUGUACAAACUGAAGCUCGGAGAAAUAGUGACCACCAUUCCAACCAUAGGUUUUAAUGUAGAAACUGUAGAAUACAAGAACAUUUGCUUCACCGUGUGGGAUGUCGGCGGUCAGGACAAGAUUCGUCCUCUCUGGAGACACUAUUUUCAGAACACACAGGGUCUGAUCUUUGUGGUGGACAGCAAUGACAGAGAGAGAGUGGCAGAAUCUGCAGAGGAGCUUUCUAAAAUGUUGCAGGAAGAUGAACUGAGGGACGCUGUGCUGCUGGUUUUCGCAAACAAACAGGAUCUGCCAAACGCCAUGGCUGUCAGUGAACUCACAGACAAACUUGGGUUGCAGAGUCUACGCAGCAGAACGUGGUACGUUCAAGCAACCUGUGCUACACAGGGCACUGGACUCUAUGAAGGACUGGACUGGUUAUCCAAUGAGCUCUCCAAACGCUAGUGGGUCUGUUAGAAGCGAGAUGGUGUGUAUGAACCAAUGGAAAGGCUAGAGACUCCUCUUAGAAUUUUUAAGUGUGUCACAGAACUGGAAGCUGGGGAGAAACCAUCAAACACUCUGCGCCUGUCUUUAGCUUUCCUUUUUUACAAUAUUUUGUUGCACAAGUUUAUCUAUUUCUUUUCUUCUACUUUUUUUUGUUUUAAUUCCAACAAAAAAAAACAACUUUUUGUUUAUUUUGUGAGAGGAAAAAUGUUUUGAAGGACCUUCCUUCACUCCGACUUUUCAGUUUUUCCAGAAAGGCCUCAUGCAAAACCAAAAACACUGGAGUCCCUGAUCAGUGAGCAGGGUUAUUGGUUUUGCUUUAGUGUCCUUAACAUCUGACCAUCAUGUUUUAGCAUCUAGCUGAGAAUUUCUGUUAAGGAGCUCACUGGAGAAUCUCUGGGGUCAGUAAUAUUUCAGAACUGGACAUGUGGAGUCGUUGGGCGAAUCAAAGCCAUGCCUGUUCCAUUAAUCCUUAUAGAUAUGCAAUGUUGUAUAGUUUGUUACAUCACAUUGUCUGCUGUAGUGGCGUGGAGUCCUGUGGUCCUUCUGAACAUUAUCCUUGUCUGCAUGAGUUUACUUCAUUCUGGAUCUUUGUUGAAAUUCCUCACAUCAGUAGCACAUGGCAUGAAUGGCAUGAAAAGGUUAACUUUCUUUUAUUAGGUUAGUUUACGCCCCACAAUCCGUUGUUGUUUGUGGCAAAUGUUUGAGUGACCCCGAACACUGGUUUUAGUCUAGGUCAGAGUCAAAGGGAACAUUAUGUUCUUUAGCCACAAUGAUAACAUCUCUGAAGUUCUUUCCAUUAUAAUUUAAAGUUGAAAUUGAUUGUGUUUUAUGUUUGUCAUACCAUGUGAAAUGUUUCGCUCGGGCGUGCUUCUUGAGCUUAUCAUUAUUUGUGACUGAAUCUGACUCCUGAAUGCAAAUUUAAUGUAUUGAUGAAUUCCAUGUCUGGUUGAAAGGGUUUGCUUUCCUAAACUGAGGUGUAACAGAUACAAUCUAUUUUACCCUAUUAUCAUGACAAAUUUGUUUGUGUAUUAUAUGUAUGAUAUUGUUUUAGAAUAAAACAUAAUCGUGAACUUAUUGUGUUGAAUGUGAUUAAUAUAUUUUGCUCUUUAAAUUCAGGUGUCCCACUUUUAGGGAGUAGAAAUCAUUUAUAUAUAAACAUCCUACAAUUUCUUUUUUAAUGUUUAUACUCAUUUUCUCAACACAAAUCUGUACAUUUCUCAUUUGCGUAGAUGCAAACUCCUCACCUUUAGGUGAGAAUUCACCUUUUUGAGACCAAAAUAGGUCACCUACGAGAUUCGUGUAGAUCCGAUGAGAAAGUGCUUGUGAAAGUCUGCCCGCAUGCCUUAACGUAAGAAUAUCAUUAAGUAGCGUUAUGAUAACCUUCAUUUAAUUGGCAUAAGUAUCGAUAUGUAAAGCUUGGGACUGUUAAUAAGCCUGACAUGGCUGACUUGUUUUGAUUUUAACGUUGUUAGCGUUAUUUCCACUGAAUCGAACAUUUUAUUAUUCCAAAUACAACUUGUAUAAUGCUACUAACAUUAUCAUUUUGUAUGGGAUGUCUCGCAUCUUUCUCACCUUUUUCACGCCUGAUGUGUUUGCAUCCCUGCAUUUGUAUUUAAUCUAAGUUGCAUUAAUGCAUCAAUCCAGCAGAUGGCACCUGGAAUUAACAACUUCAGUCAACUCACUUAAACUAAACUGAAACUAAAAUAAUCGAAACUGAUAUUGAUAAAAGAUACAAAGUAUUACUAUAAAUAGCACUUUAUGGGCAUUUACAAUAUGUGAUGUUUUGGUUUAUUCACUGUAUAUUGCAUUUGUAUAUGCAUUUAUAUAGCCUAUAUGUACUGGAACUAUUUUUAAAGUAUUUUCAUGUUCUCGUUCAAGCAUUGAAUACAUGUGCUGUGCAAUGCAUAUUAAAUUAUGUAUUACGUUUAAUCUCAGUGAAUUUGGUAAAGAGCUUAAAUAUAAUGUACUCUGCCUAUCUCUAUCCAUAAAAGUCAUAAAAACAAGUCGAGUAUCUUUAGUGCAUGCAAUAAGAAACAUGCUUAGAAACCAAAACUUAGAGCAGAAUAGAAAGUUGCUUUCCACUGUUGUAAACAUCACUGAUACCACAUCCACAGGAACUGCCCUGUUGCGUGUGUUUGUCUCUUAUCAGUCAUGAUUAGAUUUGGGUGUGGAGAUGAUUUCAGGACUUUCCAGGGCAACAUCUGCUCACAUCACAGUUUUACAGGUCUGUGGUGAUUCCUCUGUGGAGGACGUCGUGGAACCUGCUGCUAUAGCACUAAUGGGCGAGAAGACCUUAAGAUACAUCAGUCAACUGUACAAAAAUAAAUGGAAUAAAAACUUAAGUUACACUGUCGAUUACAUAAUUUAUACAUUGCAGUAUAAUUGAUAACACCAUCUGCAAUUCCAUUUUGCUGAUCUUGUUUUGUUGUCUGAUUGUUUUGUUUCAUAGUGAAAGGCUGGAGUUGAUAUGAUCCUGCUCCCAAGGGCAGAACAUCUGGGGCCAGUUGCACCAGCUAGACGUAAAUGCCAUCUUGGCAUCACGCACAUUACAAUGGUGCAACUCAAAUUCAUCAUCUUUGUUUUGUGCUGAUGGGCAGAUGUAUGGAGGCCACUGAUGCGCUUAUGAAGUGAAGUCUUAGGGCCAGAUUUACUAACAGUUUGCAUCAGUGCAAACCCUCUUUUGGUGUUAAAAAACUACUACGCUCGCCAAUUUUGGUAUUUGCUCCAUUAUUUAAUAUAUAAUAAAUUAUAUAUAUAUAUAUAGGCCAACAUGACUUGGCAAUUGAUAUUAUAUUUGUGUAUGUGUUUGUCAGAUUACAUGUAACAAGUGGCGCCUGUGUCGACCCCACCUGAUGAGAACAUCAGCUCUGUUGCGACUCAACACUAAUUUGCACUGCUCUUAGUAAAUUGCAUGGGUCAUUAUGUGGGUGAUUCUCACGAAAACUUGGUUUUAAAAAUUUAAAACAUGAAAAUUAAAAAAUGCUUUAACAAUUUUUUUAAUGAUGUUUUAUUAACAAAAUUCGGGAGGAGCAAGUUCAGAUAAUUAACCUAAUUAGCACAGGUGGAGAGCAUUCAGUUAAUCAUCUCAACCAAUGUCAAGAGGUAUAAAUUCAGCAGACUUACCUCUGUUCAUCUGAGAGUUUAUCAGCAUCCCUCCUCCACCCCAUCUCCUCACUACUCAUCUACUUUUACCACACCGGGGGGAGUACUCUGGGUUCGGGCCAAAAUUCUGAGCUUGGAGCCCUCUCCCCGGACAGCAUGCCAAAUACGCAUAACUUUACUCUAUUUAAUUAUAUAGAUAUGUGAACUCGUGAAUAUGUUGAAAUGGCUCUUUGUUCAGUGUAGAGAACAAUAUUGUCUUUAUUAUGAUGUUUUUAUAUAUUACUAAAAUGCAUGUUUAAUAUUUAAAAUCAUGUAAAUGAUUUGACUGCAUCUGUGUUCUUUAAUUUGCACGUCAGCAGUAGAUCACGCGCAAAACCUGUGAUGUUUUAGUGAUCCUCAAGACCUUGAUUAGCUUGCUCAGGUAUGUUUGAUCAGGGUUGGAGCUAAACUCUGCAGGGCAUUGGCCCUCCAGGGCAAGAUUUAAGGAACACUGAUGUAGUUAAUAAUAGCCUACGCCAACUUUAUGUAGAGCAACAAUUCUUUUUUUCAGAUCAUCAGAGAGUUUUUUGCCAUGAGGUGCCAUGUUGAACUUCCAGUGACCAGUAUGAGAGAGUGAGAGCGAUAACACCAAAUUUAACAUACUUGCUCCCCAUUUACACCUGAGACUUUGUAACAUUAAUGCGUCACAUGACACCGGGGAGAGAAAAUGGCUAAUUGGGCCCAAUUUGGACAUUUUCACUUAGGGGUGUACUCACUUUUGUGGCCAGCAGUUUAGACAUUAAUGGCUGUGUGUUGAGAUAUUUUGAGGGGACAGCAAAUUUACACUGUUAUACAAGCUGUACACUCACUGCUUUACAUUGUAGCAAAGUGUCAUUUCUUCAGUGUUGUCACAUGAAAAGAUACAAUAAAAUAUUUACAAAAAUGUGAGGGGUGUACUCACUUCUGUGAGAUACUGUAUAUUGUAUGCAGAACUGGGUUUUGAUUUAGUUAAUAAUGGAUGGUAUUAAUAUUAUUUCUCCAUCUCCUUUCACUUUUAGCUGCCACCAGAUGACUGCACACGAGUUGAGAUGUUACGCUGCCUAAGGAUCUCUUUGGCUUAAGCUAACGCUUGCAUUUAUUUUUUAUUUUGAGGAGAGGAGGAGAACCAAUCUGCCAAGGGAUUCGGCACUCGGGUCCACUACCCUGUUCUAGUGCAUUCUCUGGCAACACUGGAUGUCUGGCUGGGGUCCAGUGGACCUGAAGUGGACAGCACCAGGUCCAUGAUCCGCUAACGAAGCACCAGAAACUAGAAGCAACCAAACGCAACUGUACAAAAAAAGCUUCUGGUUGUCUGUUGCUUGGUUAGUAGGUUAUGGGGAUGGCCUGCUGUAAAACAAACCUUUUAUUGUAUAAAGGCUGACUGCACCUUCUUCCUGAAAAAAAAAAAAAAUCAAUAAAAGUGAAAAAAAAAAAAAAAAAAAAAACCUGCUGAACUAAAAUACAUAGAAAAGGAAUUAAAAUAAUUAUAAAAUAAUCACAACAUAUGCAUAAGAAAUUAUGCCUGACUACCUGAAUCACAAAAUCCGGGGUUAGUUUAUGCUGCUUAUUAAUGUUAACAAAUGGAACCUUAUUGUAAAGUAUUAGUGAAAUGAAUAAUACUGGGACUAAUUUUUGAGAAAUGUUGUUAAGGAAAGCUGUUGAAAUAAUUUCAGAUAUUUCAGAUAUCUACCAGCCCCAAAUUUUAUAUUCUCAAACAAUAUUCGUAAUAAAAUAAAAGUGUUCUAAACCUAUAGGGAUGCAAGCAAGCAAUUGGUCAGAAACAAAUGUGUUAUUUCAGCAAAAAAGAGUUCAUUUUAGUGGAUGUUACAUUAUGGAGUAUUAAAAUGCUGCGUCAUUCACCAGAAUUAAUAACAAACCCUUGGAGAGGGAUGGGCAGGUCAAAAGAUGAGAAACUUACUGAGAAAGCGAAACUUAUGAAAACUAGGUCAAAAGCUGUUCACAGAUCAGCUAAGGGCGGGAACAGUGUACCAGUAUAAAUUACAGAGAGACACAAUGAUCUGUCCUUUCUACCAUGAGAGCCUCAUGCUGACGGAUCAGCAGGGUCUAUGGUUGUUCCUCUGUGGGAGACGCCAUGGAACCCUGAGUGAUUUCGUAGCACUAAUGUCAUCAUGAAGGAGGCGGAGUUCAUGUAAAUCCUUGCUGCCAGGGGCGGGAUCAUCUGGCCCAGCACUAUUCAGAGGGGAACCUCAGUCUCCACCUCUGUUUUGCGUUGGUGUCCAGAUGCGCAGAAGCCAGUACCGUAUGCCUAAAAGCUGCGAUGACUGACAUCUUGCGUAAAGCCUCAAGUCUACAAAGUCUACAAAGUGAAGAACCAACCAGAAAAAAAUCGUACCAAUGCAUGUAAAGCUAAAAGUGAACCAAGAAACCUCUUUAACACGUAACCGACUCAAGAAAAAUGCUACAAAUGUAAAGUGAAGUGAAGAAGUAUUUUUUUUGGUGAAACCUUUGGUUUCUGCAUUGCUUGGUUCGGUUGGUCCGGGGCCCAGCUGAUAAAACAAAUAGCCCCGGAACAAAAUGUAAAAACAAAAAAACAAAAUAAAAAUAGCAAAAUCCGCAACAAAAAUCCAUAAUUGUGCUGUGUUUAUUUUUUGUUCAUUUGAUGAUUAAUUUACUAACAAUAGCACUUCUUACAGUAUAGGCCAAUAUGGGAUUAUUUUUAGACAAAGUAAUAUAUAUAUAUACAUAUAUAUAUUACUUUGUCUGUGUAUACAUAUAUAUAUAUAUAUAUAGUAUAUAUAUACAAUAAUAUAUAUAUAUAUAUAUAUAUAUAUAUAUACAUAUACACAGACAAAGUGUAUAUAUAUAUUGGUUUAAUGACCAUCCAUAUUUAUUUUUCAGUCUCUUUAUUACAAUACAAACAGAAAAUACAGGAAAUAUGUAGGGCUACACAAAAUGUAAAAAAAAAAUUCUGAAAAAAUUUGUUUCAACCAAAAACCAGUAUUUAGUGUGACCUCCUGAACCUCUUCCAUUUUCUCUAAAAUGAAACUCUGAGAAACUUCUCAUCAGAUUUUGAAAGUUUUCUUGGCCUUCCAGUCCUUUUCCAUAACAUUUAGGUUUAAGAAAGCCAGGUUCCUGCUAUUGCGCAAGUGUAAGGAGAGGUCACUAUGUACUUGCCACUUUAGCCUAUAAAAGCAUUUUUUUUUUCUUUUUUUUUUAAUACUUGCAAAUUUACUGUAUUUUCUGGUUAUAUUCUAAUAAAGAGACUGAGAAAUAAUUAUAUAUCAUUAUUAGAAAGGGAUGCAAAGCAAUUAGUCAGAAACACAUGUGUUAUCUCAGCAAAAAAGAGUUCAUUUUAAUGGAUGCUAUAAGCUAAUGGAGUAUUAAAAUGCUGCGUCAUUCACCAGGAAUCUAUAACAAACACUUCCUGUAGAGGGACGGGCAGGCAGCAGAUCAGAAACUUACAGAGAAAGCAAAACUUAUGAAAACUAGGGCAACAGCUGUUCACAGAUCAGCUGAGGGCGGGAACAGUGUACCAGUAUAAAUAACAGAGAGACACAAUGAUCUGUCCUUUCUACACAGUAAAACCUCCAGUGUUAAAUGAACACUGUUAGUGUUAAAUUAACAUUGCCAGUGUUUAUAUAAUCCACACCGGAUUAUAUAAACACCGGGUGACACUGGAAGUGUUAAUUUAACACUGGAUGUUUUGCUGUGUACCAUCAGAGCCUCCUGCUUACAGAUCAACAGGGUCUAUGGUGGGCCCUCUGUGGGAGACGCCAUGGAACCCUGAGCGAUCUCGUAGCACUAAUGUCAUCAUGAAGGAGGCGGAGUUCAUGUAAAUCCUUGCUGCCAGGGGCGGGAUCAUCUGGCCCAGCACUAUUCAGAGGGGAACCUCAGUCUCCACCUCUGUUUUGCGUUGGUGUCCAGAUGCGCAGAAGCCAGUACCGUAUGCCUAAAAGCUGCGAUGCCUGACAUCUUGCGUAAAGCCUCAAGUCUACAAAGUCUACAAAGUGAAGAACCAACCAGAAAAAAAACGUACCAAUGCAUGUAAAGCUAAAAGUGAACCAAGAAACCUCUUUAACACGUAACUGACUCAAGAAAAAUGCUACAAAUGUAAAGUGAAGUGAAGAAGUAUUUUUUUUGGUGAAACCUUUGGUUUCUGCAUUGCUUGGUUCGGUUGGUCCGGGGCCCAGCUGAUAAAACAAAUAGCCCCGGAACAAAAUGUAAAAACAAAAAAACAAAAUAAAAAUAGCAAAAUCCGCAACAGAAA